AUGGCCACGAGCCUCUUUCUGGGAGCCAACGCUCUACUGUUCCCCCUGAACAAUGGCGGAGAGCCUGAGCCCGAGCUCCUGUUCGCCUGUCCUGCUCCUAAGGCGCCGCAGUUCGGAAGUCUCAAAUGCGAAUAUAGCCUCUUCGAUCUGAAGUGCACGGCCACGUGUGAUAACGGUUUCCAGUUCGAGGAUGGGAACCACUCAAUGAUGGGGUCAUGUGAUCUGUUCACCGGAAACAAUAUGCCCGCCCUCCUGAAAUGCGUCCGAAUCGGAAUACUCUACCCAACGCUUCCCCUCCCAACCGUCCGUCCUUCCAACAGCGGGAACUGCCUCCGUUCCCUGAGCGACUGCUUUGGACUUCAAUCCGGUGACUAUGCUUAUUGCGACAACUGCCGUAUGUUCGCCACGUGCGCCGGAAGUGGAUUUUACGUCAGGAAUUGCCCUGCACUUUCCGUUUUUGAUGCCGUUUACGAUAAAUGUGUUGAUUACAGCGCGUCUGCGUGUAAACUGGCGUAA